CGAAGUGCUACAUCAUCGCCCAUCUGGAACCGAGGCACCAGUACCGACACAACUAUCUGUACAUCUACCCAAAGGGGCCACCAUGCUGUGUGCCAAGUGUCAAACACUAUGCAGCUCAAUCGAUCCGCAUCAAGACAAUGAUUUUAUCCACCAUGAAACCUUGGAAGAGCUUCGUACAAGCUCUAUUUGGGGAUGCCAUCUCUGUAAAAUAAUUCACAGAGCCUUCAAAGAGAAACCCUAUGAAUCCAUCAGCGUUUCAUCGAAGGUGAUUAUAAAGACGAGACAGGACAGUGGUAUCGAGGUGUCCUUUGUGGACCCUGUCCCGAAAUCAGCUGGUGACCAUCGAAAUGGCAGGAAAUCACCAGUGGUCUAUGUUAUUUUCCAGAGCAUCAACCUGCCGCGCCGAUUCACGUCAACGUUGCAGCUCUCCGAAACUUCCAAUGACCCGAAUACCGGGUCUGAGCCCGCCUGCCGGCUAGCUGCGACAUGGUUAGAAGAGUGCCUUGAAACUCACAAAAGAUGCUUGGCAUCCACAGCUGGGGAUCCACCCUUGCCGCAUAGAGUCAUUGACGUUGGUUUAAUUGACGAUUUGGCUGAGCCAUACUUACUAGAGACAUCUGGUCAAAUGGGGAAGUAUCUAACACUCAGUCACUGCUGGGGAGGAGGAAGUCCAAUCAAGACCACCAAGGAAAACAUUCAGCGCCAUCGGACCGGAGUUAAACUUGCAGAUUUGCCACGCACCUUCCGUGAUGCAGUUCACGUUGCGCGCAAACUUGGCUGCAGAUACCUAUGGAUAGAUUCUUUAUGCAUAAUCCAGGACGACCGAAAGGACUGGGAAGUCGAAGCGAUAUUGAUGCAUCAAUACUACAAACAGUCAUUGCUAACAAUUGCAGCCGCCGACGGAAACAACAGCGAUGCCGGCCUCUUUCGAGACAGAGACGGACUAAAAAAUCGACCCUUCGAACUUGGGUUUACUGACGUUAACGGCUCUUCACGGCAGCUAUAUGCCUAUACGAACACCAUGUCAUUCGAGCUAGCAAGAUCUAGUCUUUCCGAAUCAUUCAAACCAAGCCCGCUAUAUGACAGGGCCUGGGUCUUCCAAGAGCAAGCAUUAUCGCCGCGGACCCUGACCUAUGCCCGAGAUCGCUUGUCGUGGAGAUGUCAAGAGAUGCUCUUCGACGAGCGGGCCCCGCUCAUGAAAAGUGUCGAGGACUUUAUCAUAAAAGACAAGACGACCAACAUUGUCAGGAGAGGAGGCGAUCCUCGGAGUACUGAUGCAACCAUUGCCGAGCUCCAACAGAAAUGGAUAUUCCCGGGGCUCAGUCCAAAUUCAAGCCGCAGCGUCGCGAACACAGGGUAUCACGCAAAGUGUUGCUACUUGCCCAAAGACGAAUUCUUCGUUGAAUGGGGGAAUGUGGUUCGGGAUUAUACUCAACGAGGCAUGACAUAUCAAUCGGACAAGCUCAUAGCCAUCCAAGGAAUUGCUGACGCACUGGCGCCAAUCGCCUCUAGGACCUACUUUGCAGGCAUCUGGGUUGAAUCGACGAAGUCGAUUUUCAUGGGGCUGCUGUGGUCCUCGACGCGACCAAAGUUGAAACCAUCCCAAAGGCUCGACAUCGCCCCGUCUUGGUCCUGGGCUUCCACUGAAGGCGCGGUAUUAUGGCCGGGCCAUUGGCUUUGUCGAUUGCAGUCGAGGAUCCAAAUUCUUGAACUCAAGCGCUCCGGAACGGCAGUGAAGGCUACUGCAGAGCUCAUUGUCGAGGUGAAGCUCAGACCCGCAUUCGUAGAGGAUAACCAAGUCUUUGCUGUAAUAAACUGGCCAGAAGAGCACACGGAGAAGCUCUCUGGGCAAUCAACAAAUGCUCCCCCCAGUUCAAGAUGGCCUCUUGAUAAGCGAGAAAUUCCUCUUUCUCUCGACGAGAACCUUGGGAGCAAUGUCCAAAUCUGGUUUGCCGAAUUGGCGGCCGGAGAGGUUCAUACUCAGGCAAACAGGAAGGACGUGCAUUGUCUUGUUUUGCUUGGUUGUGGCGAGAACUCCUCCACUUUUCGUCGGGUAGGAUAUUCCAUGUGGAAAGAGUCUAUGUGGGCGAGCUCAGAACUACCGGAAACAAGAAAAACGACGCUGGCGAUUCUGUAGACACGCGAAGCGUCGGCCGCGCCGGUAGGCCGUCUCAGUCUUGGUUGUGAUUUGUACUUAGGUAAAACGAUUGUUACGUUUUCGAUAUCCCAUACUUGUUGACUCGGGGGUUGGGCCGUUUAUCGGCGAAUCCUUCUAUAGCGUAUUCCACAACUAAUUCAAUUAUUAAAACUCGUAAACAUUUGUAGCCGUUUUAAUAGAAACUCCCG